AUGCUGGCUGCAGACGCGGGGUACAAUGUGGUCACCUCCACCAACAGCAAGGGCGAGUACAAGAAGGGGGAACAGGACAAUAUCCUCAUCGAGUUCCUGGAGCGUGGACUCAGCAGCGAAAUUGCAAGCCGCCUCUACAACACCGGUGUUCCCCUGCCCAAGGCAUAUGGUGCCUUCAAGAACUGGUGUGUCAACAUCGAGGCCAAUGCUUUGCGCAAUCAGCUGCGUAAGGCAUCCUAUGCGCACUCAACUCCACGGCCUCCCCCCCAAUUCCGCCCUCAGGCAGCACCAGCAACGCCCACACCUGCUCCGACCCGGCCGGCUGCCAACGAACCGGUCCUGAUGGAAAUCGAUCGCACCCAUGCCCGCAGCCGCAAUAUCAUCUGCUACAACUAUCAGCAGCCUGGGCACAUUGCGCGGAAUUGUCCGGAGCCCAAGAAGAAGCGCACGUUCUUCAAUCAGGCCACAAUGCUAGAAGAGAUCGAGAACGGGGAUAAGGACAACGAGUUCCUCAAGGAGAUUGCCGAGAAGCUGCAUGCUGUCCAAAGGAAAUUGGCGGCCGAGAAACAGAAGGGCCCCCAGCCCAGCAGGUUGGCGCAGGAAUUGCGCAGUUACCAGGCUGAGAGGAAGAGGCAUUCGAUGGACGUAUAUGUCCAGAUCACGGGUCUGGACUCAGGGAAAACGCGCGGAGUCAAGGCGCUGCUCGAUAGCAGCUGCAGUACCUGCUGCAUCAAUACCGACUACGCACGGGCAGAGAAGUUGGAUAUCCAAGAGCUUCCACAACCCAUUGUGGCUCGUAAUGCCGACAACACCGAGAACAUCAGCGGUCGGAUCACGCACUACGUCGAUCUGAGGAUGAGAAUCGGUCCUCAUGUGGAGACACGCACGUUCCUUCUGACGUGCUUAGGGAAAGCCCGGAUCUUCAUCGGUCUUGAUUGGCUGAUGGAACACAACCCCGAGGUGGAUUGGCAGGAGCAGACCAUGAGAUUCAGCCGAUGCCCAGAGCGGUGUCACAUGAGAGGUCGCGAGGAACAUCAAGCAAUGAUUGACAUGGAUGCAAUCAACCUGGACAUGGGCACACCAGAUCUGGAAGAGGGAGAAUCGAUCCUGUUGGUCGAUUUUGGGAAGGAAGUGGACCUGCGAUUGAAGGAAACGCCG